AUGAAAGAGGAGGUGGAGGUUGAGAUAAAUGUGAAGGUGAAGGUUGAAAUAGAGGUGGACAAGGUGGAGGCUGAGAUGAAGGAGGAGAUGGAGGUUGAGAUAGAUGUGAAGGUGAAGGUCGAGGUGAAGGUCAAGGUGAACAAGGUGGAGGUUGAGAUGAAGGAGGAGGUGGAGGUUGAUAUAGAUGUGAAGGUGAAGGUCGAAAUAAAGGUGGACAAGGUCGAGGUUGAGAUGAAGGAGGAGGUGGAGGUUGAGAUAGAUGUGAAGGUGAAGGUCAAGGUGAAGGUCGAGGUGAACAAGGUGGAGGUUGAUAUAGAUGUGAAGGUGAAAGUCAAAAUAAAGGUGGACAAGGUCGAGGUUGAGAUGAAGGAGGAGGUUGAGAUAGAUGUGAAGGUGAAGGUCGAGGUGAAGGUCGAGGUGAACAAGGUGGAGGUUGAGAUGAAGGAGGAGGUGGAGGUUGAUAUAGAUGUGAAGGUGAAGGUCGAAAUAAAGGUGGACAAGGUCGAGGUUGAGAUGAAGGAGGAGGUGGAGGUUGAGAUAGAUGUGAAGGUGAAGGUGAAGGUCGAGGUGAAGGUCGAGGUGAACAAGGUGGAGGUUGAGAUGAAGGAGGAGGUGGAGGUUGAGAUAGAUGGGAAGGUGAAGGUGGAGGUGGAGGUUGAGAUGAAGGUGGAGGUCGAGAUAAAUUUGGAAAUAGAGGUCAAAAUGGUGAUCGAAAUGAAGGUAGAGGCCGAGUUAUUUGCUUGGAAUAAGUUUGAAGGUUGGUUGAUGGUAGUAUAA